GGUGAGAAUGUCGCGGCGCGUCGACGUAUUCUAAAUUCAAAUUUCAAAUAUAUUUUUUCCGAAUUAUAGUCAGUCAGGUGUGAUUUUAAAUAUUCGUUACAAAAUGGUGGGAAAAGUGACAUUGUAUUUUUUAAUUGUCGCAGUUAUGGCAACGGUUAUGGAUGGCCAGACCUUGGGAGGUCCAAUGCAUGGGAAAGUGGUCGUGUGCUAUAUAGCGACAUGGGCAGCGUACCGACCGGGUGCUGGAAAAUAUGAUAUAUCUGAUCUAGAACCUUCUUUGUGUACGCAUCUCGUGUAUUCCUUCGCUGGAUUGGACGAGACCACACACAGCAUCAAAAGUCUUGACCCCUGGCAAGAUCUGGAAAAGGAUUAUGGAAAAGCUGGUUAUAAGAGGCUGGUUUCCUUAAAAGAAAGAUACCCCCAUCUCAAGGUAACAGUAGCUAUUGGUGGAUGGAACGAAGGGUCACCUAAAUAUUCGGCCAUGGCAUCUAAACCCGAAACUAGAGCAAAAUUUGUGCAGAGCGUAUUAUUCUUUUUGGACACGAACAACUUUGAUGGCUUGGACUUGGAUUGGGAAUACCCAACGAAGAGAGGAGGUAACCCAGAAGACAAAGCCAAUUAUGUUUCUUUGGUUAAGGAACUUAAAGAAGCGUUUGAGCCACGUCAGUACAUCCUCACAGCGGCAUUGGGCGCUGGUAAGGAAACAAUGGACAGCGCCUACGAACUUGCCAAAUUAAGUCGUUACUUGGACUUCAUACAUAUGAUGUGUUAUGAUUACCAUGGGACAUGGGAUGGUGUGGUCGGUGCCAACGCUCCGGUUAAUGGGAUGGGUGAUAAGGAUGUGCUUAGUUUGAAAUAUACCAUUGACUACAUGCUUUCCCAUGGUGUCAGCCCCUAUAAAAUGGUUCUUGGAUUGCCCAUGUAUGGAAGAACGUUUAUCUUGACAAACCCAGGCGUUAAGAGCAUAGAGUUUGGUGUCACACCAGCGAAGUCCACAGGAUUUGCUGGUCCUUGGACUCGAGAAGCUGGUUUCAUUGGAUACAAUGAGGUCUGCAUGGAAAUGACGAACAAAUCAUCAAAGUGGACUCGCCAUUGGGACGACCAAUCCGCUACGCCUUAUCUAAGAGAUGGUGAUCGGGUUAUAGUUUAUGAUAACCCAAGAUCUAUAGCUAUUAAAGUAAAAAUGGCCAUAGCCUACGGUCUAGGAGGUUUGAUGGUUUGGAGUAUAGAUACAGAUGAUUUCCGAGGUUCAUGUGAACCAGAGGAUGGAGCGUAUCAGGAUUUCAUCGACCAGUACAACGAUAUAGUCGAAGAUCCACUACUGGAAGAAGCUUUGAAGAAUCUCAAUUUACCAGAUGCUAACCGUAUUGAAAACUUAAGUAGACGUACAUCAUACGUUGUCUCAAACAACAAACUACACCUCCGUCUACCAGAACCUGAAUUCUCCAACUACCCUAUAAUGAGAACUAUAAAUGACGCAACAACACUCGCCCUAGAAGAGAAGAAGAUAAUGGACGAAAUGAAAGCAGUGACAAGAAGUAACGAAGUAGAAGAUAGAGAUGAUGAAAAGAGCUCAGCGAAGGUUGUAACUGGUGGGAUUGUAUGUGUUCUAAUCGGGUUGAUGAUUGUUUUCAAGCUUUACUGACUGGAUGUACUGUGAUUGCUGUCUCAAGCAUUAGACUAACUCUUAGAUUAUGACAUUGAUGUCAGACACUUGUGUCCAUGUAGCUGAAAUACGAUUCAGUGUUAUUUUUGUUAGGUUAUAGUGAUUAUUCUGUUAUGUAUGGAUUAAUUUUUAUGGUGUAAAUAAUUCUUUUCGAAAAUAAAAAAGUUUAAACCUAA